AUGAAUAAAUAAUUGAUUGUUGGUUAAUAUGAAAAUAAAGUAGAAGAAUGUGUUUAAGGAUUUUAAUAAUAUUUAGAUGUAAGAUAUUAAUUGUCAUUUAUAUAGUUGUCUUUCAAUAGAAUUGAUACUUUUCUUGAUUAAAUUGCUUUUGAUCCUUAACCUUAAUCAUCUAUUCCUAAUAAAAAUAUUAAUAAUAUUCCAAAAUUUGAUUAAAUAUAAUUCCCUUCCAUUCUUUAAUUUACUACUUAAUUAAUUCAAGAAGUCUAAUCUAUUGUUAAAUUAACUAUUAAUAAAUCAUUUUAAUUAAAUCAAUAAUCAAAUACAAAACAUAUUAAUUAACAUAAUCAUAAUUAAUUAAAUUUUAAACCAUUCACUUAUAAUCUAAUAUAGAAUCAUUCAAUUUAAUAAACUGAAUAUUGUAGAGCAAUUGCUAUUAAUUAAGAUAAUUCAAUUGUAUUAGCAGCUUGUAAGAAUUAGAUUAAAGUAUUUGAAUUUAAAUAAGAAUAAUUGAAACAAAUUCAAAUUCUAACUGAACAUUAAAAUAGAGUUACUACUUUAAAUUUAAUGAAGAAAUCCACUCAAUUUAUAUCUGGUAGUAAAGAUAAAUAGAUAAUUAUAUGGUCUAUGGAUUAAAAUAAUUAAUGGAUCUGUUCAUAAAAAUUGAAUGAACAUAACUCUGAAGUUAAUUGUUUAUUAUUGAACAAUAAUGAAGAUCUCAUUGUUUCAGGAAGUGAUGAUAAAACAAUUAAAUUUUGGAGAAAACAGAAUCAAUGGAAAUGUUCAUAAACUAUAACAGAUCAUACAAAUUAUGUAGUAGGAUUAAGUUUGAAUGAGAAAUAGAAUAGAGUGAUAUCUUGUGGAUAUGAUAUGUUUAUAUUAGUAAUAGAAGAGUCAUUAUAGGAUUAAAAAUGGAAUGUUAUAUAAAAGAUAACAGUUGAAGAAUAUGGUUAUCGAAUAUGCUUCAUCAAUGAUAAUGUAUUCACAUUUCAACCUAGACUUAAAGAUUAGAUGUAUUAUUAUGAAAUCAAUAAUACUAAUUAAUAAUAUACAAAGACAAAAGAAAUUGUUGUCAAAAGUGAUCAUAAUGGAUGUGAUUAUUACUUUCCUUAGUAAUAUAUAAAGUCGAAAUGCUUACUUGUGAAUAAGAAUGGAUAAAAUGUUAAUUUGAUAAGGAAGAACCAAAAUGCUGAUUUUAUAACAUAAUAAUCUAUUCAAUUUGGACAUAAUGGUAUAUAUGGAUAGAUAAGUGAAGAUGGAUAAUAUUUGAUGACUUGGGAUUAUAAUUCUAAAGAAAUUUAAAUUAGAAAAUAUAAUGAGGAAUGA